AUGUCUGCUCCACGUCAUCCAAAUGCUGUUGUGCUCAACCCACCAACCCAAACUAUCAGCCCUUUGAUCAGAUUUGGAAGAUACACAGCUCUUGGAUUGGGAGUUGCUUGGGGAUUCUUCCGUCUUCGUCAAAUCCGUGAACAUCACGCUGAUAUCAGAGAGUGGGAGCACGAGAAGGCUGUUGCUAAGGCUGCUGAGGCUGCUCAACAGAAGAAGUGGUUAGCCAAGGAAGAAAUGAAAUAUUUGAUGAAGGUCGUGAAUAUUCCAUUCGAGGAAGGAGUAGCCCAAUUCGGAGUUGAGGAACUUUACCGCGAAUAA